UUCCUACCAUGACCUCACGCGUCUCCGGACCCAUUUCCGCUUCUGUACAAGGGGGAGAACCUAGGCCCAUCUCACAGGAGACAUGUAGCCAAGAAACUGAAGCGCCAAUACACAACUUAGGAUGAUUUUUUGACCUCAGGUCCCUUCAGUCCAAGCACAAGACCAAGGUCAAGUUCAAAGUUGAUCUCAGAAUUUGGGUCAGAAAAAUGUUGAAUAGCAUCGGGCCAAAAACAUAUCUCUGUGGAACCCCACUAGAAACAUACCCACUCAAUGGUUUACAGCUCCAUGCCCAAAGUGAGCACAACCCAACAAAGAAUCAUCCUUGCCUCAGUCAUGGUGAUUCUCCUGGGCUUCUUCAUAGUUGCCAGCACUUUGGUGGGAGUUUACCUGACCCAAAAACACACAGAAAAGGUCCUUGACGUGGUCAUCCAGGGAAACAAGGGGGAAGAGGAAGAGCAGACGGCCAUGGUAAAUGAACGGGAGAAUGUGGCCGCUUUCCACAUUAAAAGAAAGAAAUCCACAGCCACUGUUGUGUACAACUAUAACCAAGGUCUAAUAGGUCUCAGAAUCACCAACAGUAAAAAAUGUUUUGUGAUGAAGAUGGAUAAACUCAACAUACCAAGCUUGGAUGAAAUUUCCAGAGAUCUCCCACAUUUUUACACCAAACAGGUCUCUGGAGACAAAAUGUCUUACAACUUCAGAGAGGCGGAACCAGCUGACCGCACUACACUAGGAACAACUCUGAAUAUUCUCUGCAGCGACAUCCCCAUCUACUGGGCUCUGCCUCGCAAGAUCCAAGGAAACCGCAGCAGUUCUGCUCCUCUUGGCUCCCCAUGGUGUUUCUUUGGCUCUUUGUGUUUGUGCUUUUGAUCUGAAAUCUCAAGUUACUGUGUGAAUUAUGCCUACUCGUCAGGGCAGACCGCAGAGUCUUGGAUGAGGCAAGCAUCAGAAUAAAAACAAU